AUGCUUAAGAUCCUGGUCCGACUGCUGUUGAGUGGCCAACUCUUCGGCCAAGCUGCCCGCCUGGACUCACACCGUGAGGAGCAGGCUGUCGGGUCGGAAUCGAUGAUGCGGGGCGAGGCCCUGGCAAACGUUCACAGGUAUCGUGCCCUCGACGAGAGUGAGUUCCAGCGUUUUCGGGCAGGUGAAAACGUGUCCCUCAUUGCGACCAGCUUCAGUGAAGACGAGGAAGACCCUGUCUUGCCGCAAGAGUGGAGCGAGAAGUUAAGUGUCGUCAAGAAGCUGGGGCAGGGCGCCUUUGGGAAGGUGUAUCAAUGCAAGGUGCUGUGCGAGAAAUACAAGGAAGUCUAUGUGUCAGUAAAGCUGAUCGUGAAGAAAAGCACCAUGGUGAGGCAGGAAAUCAAGGUUUUGGAGGACAUGCGCGGUGUCUCGGAGUUCUGCAUUUCUGCCGUGGGCGAGCCGGCGUUCAUCGACAACGAAGCUGGAUAUUGGAUUAUGAUGCCUUACAUGAACGGCGGGGAGCUUUCCGACUUCCUCAAGAAAUGCGACAGCGACACCAGGGGCUGCAACUCAUGGGGAAGCCGCGAAGGCCGAAAAGACUGGACCAAACUGAACCCUGCUUGGACCACGCCGUACAUCCUCGGUCUCUUCCACGACAUGGUUCAAGGAGUACAGGCUCUUCACGACAAAGCUGGACUGCUCCAUCUCGACCUCAAGCCGGCCAAUGCCAUGCUGAACUGUCAAGGAAGCGCGUGCUUUGCGGCCAUUAUCGACCUCGGACUCGCCUGUGAUCCAAAGAAACCUCGCGAUUGUGGAGCGUCUGGAACGCCUUUGUACCUGCCCAGAGAGGUCUACCUUUACGAGCGGGAUGGCUUGGAGAGUGCUGCGCGGGAUGUCUGGGCGCUUGGCCUCAUCCUGUACGAGCUCCUGUACAUCCACUAUCCCCCAUGGUUCUACCGAUCAAGCAAGACGAUAGAACAGCAGAUUCUCGACUACGACGUCGAGAAGGACGCGAACGUCCCACGUACGCAGAAUGUCGACAGCUUGGUCAGAGAAAUGCUGCAUAAGGAUUGGAAGAAGCGGCCCAGUCUUCGACAAAUCCGCACCAAAGUGUCCGAGCUGGUAUAUCGUCAUACUCCAGUCGAUACUCAAGCGGUGGGGAUGGUCAAGUGGUCUCCCGCCGAGCGACAUGCCAGCGUGGCGACCCCGACCUGCUUGAACAAGAAGGAGAUCAACCUAGCUCCCCAUCCACCUCCUGGCGGUCGUCCCAUAUAUAUCCCGGGGCACGAAGAGAUCAAGACCACGACGACGACCACGGUGUAUUGGCGGCAGAAUUUGAGGCAGGAGCGAGCCGCGGAGCAGUUGGAGAAAGCGCAGCGCGAGCGCGCCGAAGCCGAGGCCGCUGCGAAGCAGGCCCAACACCAGCGCGAUCAAGACGUGGCGGCUGCUAAGGAGGCCCGGCGCCAGCGCGACGAAGCAGUGGCGGCUGCUGCGGAGGCCCAGCGCCAGCACGAACAAUGGGUGGCGGCUACAAACAAGGCCAGGGCGGCUGCGAAGGAGGCCCAGCGCCAGCACGAACAAUGGCAGGCGACUCUAAAGCAGGACCAGGUCGCGCACGAAUCAUGGGCGGCGGCUGCGAAGGAGGCCCAGAGCCAGCACGAACAAGAGGUGGCGGCUACCAAGGAGGCCCAGCGACAGCGCGAAGAAGCUGUGGCAGCUGCAAACGAGGCCAAGCGCCAGCAAGAACAAUUUGUGGCGGCUGCAAAGGAGGCCCAGCGCCAGCACGAGAACUUGCUGGCCAUUGUAAAGCAGGACCAGGUCGCGCACGAAUCAUGGGUGGCGGCUGCGAAGGAGGCCCAGAGACAGCACGAACAAGAGGUGGCGGCUACCAAGGAGGCCCAGCGACAGCGCGAAGAAGCCGCGGCGGCUGCAAAGGAGGCGCAGCAACGUCUCGAAGAAGCCGUGGCGGCUGCAAAGGAGGAGCUGGAAAAGCGAAAGCAUGGGAGGAAGCACCAUGACGCCGUGGACGAGGACCGCGUGCAGCGCCGGCGCCGUCGACCCGAUGCCGAGCCCACUGACGAGGCACCGACUACGACGACGACGACGACGGCUCGUCGUUCGCACCAUGACGCCGUGGACGAGGAACGAGUGCACCGCCGGCGCCGUCGACCCGAUGCCGAGCCUACGCCCCCUGCGCCAACUACGACGACGACGACUCGGCAUUCGCACCAUGACGCCGAUCGCCGGCGCCGUCGGCCCGACCCCGAGCCCACGCAUGCCGUGGACGAGGAACGCGUGCAUCGCCGCCGCCGGCCCUCAGAGCCCGAACCCACGGACGCCGUGGACGAGGAACCCGCGCAACGCCGGCGCCGCCGGCCGGAGUAA